UCUUGUUUUUUUCCACAAAGAACAAAACAAGCCCCCCUCGCUCCCCCUCCCCUCCUCGAUCCUGAUCCCUCCUCACGUAAUGUGUUGCUCAUAUCAUCAAACUUCAAGUCCACGUCCGUGACCAGGAUUCAAACCAGACCUAUAUAGAUCCGGAGACAAUCAACACUUUCACACACAAAAAAAAGAAAAGAAAAAAAAAAAAGAAAAAGUCACACUUCCAUUCAGAGUCAAACCUGCAGACUUGGCUGCAGACGAGUCCGCUCCACAGACAUGCAGCACCGGUGGAGGUAGUGGGGACUUGUGCAGUGACUCAUUCGUGCGCAAUGACAAUAAACAGACAAGGCUCGCUUUAAAUGUCAGCAAAUCAAACACACUCCAACAAAAGCAAGGUCACCUUGUGUGGGCUCUGGCUCUGGUCUGACGCUCAGGUCUGUUUCCUCUUCUCCUUCUUCUUCUCGGACUGCUCCAAAGAGCGCAGCAGCCUCUGCUUCUGGACUUAAUUUGGUGGUAAAUUCACUUUUUUUUGGGAGGACUGCACCUGUUUCACCUGGACCCACAUCAUCACGUGAGCCUUACUUUUCAUCUCGGAUGGUAUAAAGAGAUAUUUUGGGGGCUUAAAGAAAAAAAAAAGUGACCAGGCUUUUUAAGGUGAGGACUUUGGCACAGGGUCGGGAGUGAUGGCGGCGUCUGCACCCUCCUCCUCCUCCACUGGCGGCGAACCGGAGCCCAACUCGACAAAUUUACGACCACCGGGCUCAAGCUACGAUGCUUGGUGUGGAGUUGCUCAUGGAUGUACUAGAAAAUUGGGAAUGAAGAUAUGUGGGUUUUUGCAGAAGAACAACAGUCUGGAGGAGAGGAGCAGGAUUGUGAGUUCCUUCAAGGAGCGCGCAGCCAAGAACCUGCUGUCCUGCGACAACACCGGAGGAGACGCGCAUUUCAGACGCACCGAGACCGACUUCUCCAACCUGUACGCCAGAGAUCUGUUGCCCGCUAAAAAUGGAGAGGAGCCGACCAUGCAGUUCUUGCUGGAGGUUGUUGAAAUCCUCACCAACUAUGUCCGGAAGACCUUUGACAGAUCCACCAAGGUCCUGGACUUCCACCACCCCCACCAGCUGCUGGAGGGCAUGGAGGGCUUCAACCUGGAGCUCUCCGACCAGCCCGAGUCUCUGGAGCAGAUCCUGGUGGACUGCAGGGACACCCUGAAGUACGGAGUGAGAACAGGUCACCCCAGGUUCUUUAACCAGCUGUCCACUGGAUUAGACAUCGUGGGCUUGGCAGGAGAGUGGCUUACCUCUACAGCCAACACUAACAUGUUUACCUAUGAGAUCGCUCCAGUCUUUGUGCUCAUGGAGAAGCUGACACUGAAAAAGAUGAGAGAGAUGGUCGGCUGGCCUGAAGGAGAGGGCGAUGGGAUAUUUUCUCCAGGAGGAGCAAUCUCCAACAUGUACAGUGUGAUGAUUGCCAGAUACAAGUUCUUCCCUGAAGUCAAGACCAAAGGCAUGGCAGCUGCACCCAGACUGGUCCUCUUCACCUCAGAGCAUAGCCACUAUUCCAUCAAGAAAGCCAGCGCAGCUCUGGGCUUCGGGACGGAGAACCUGAUCCUUUUGAGCACAGAUAAGAGGGGAAGAGUCAUUCCUGCUGAUUUGGAAGCCAAAGUAAUAGAGGCCAAGCAAAAGGGGUACGUGCCGAUGUUUGUGAAUGCCACCGCCGGCACCACCGUCUACGGAGCCUUUGAUCCCAUCAAUGAGAUUGCAGACAUCUGUGUAAAGUACAACAUGUGGCUCCAUGUGGACGGUGCAUGGGGAGGAGGCUUGCUGAUGUCCAGGAAACACAGACACAAGCUGAAUGGAGUAGAAAGAGCCAACUCAGUGACCUGGAACCCUCAUAAAAUGAUGGGAGUGCCGCUGCAGUGCUCUGCCGUUCUGGUCCGAGAGAGGGGGUUAUUACAAGGCUGCAACUCCAUGUGUGCCGGCUACCUCUUCCAGCCAGAUAAACAGUACGAUGUGACAUACGACACCGGGGACAAAGCCAUCCAGUGUGGACGCCAUGUCGAUAUCUUCAAGUUCUGGCUCAUGUGGAAGGCAAAGGGAACAGUGGGAUUUGAACAGCAUAUCGACAAGUGCCUCGAUCUGUCAGCGUACCUCUACAAUAAAAUAAAAGACAGAGAGGGCUUCGAGAUGGUGUUCGACGGAGAGCCGCAGCACACUAAUGUGUGUUUCUGGUACAUUCCACCGAGCCUGCGGAUCCUUCCUGAUGGCGAUGAGCGACGGGAAAGGUUGCACAAGGUGGCCCCCAAGAUCAAAGCAAUGAUGAUGGAGUCUGGGACUACGAUGGUGGGUUACCAGCCUCAAGGAAACAAGGUCAACUUCUUCCGCAUGGUCAUCUCAAACCCCGCUGCCACCAGGUCGGACAUCGACUUCCUGAUCGAGGAGAUUGAGCGACUGGGGAACGACUUGUAAGAGCCACACCUGAACCUUCCUUUUUACCCCAAACCCAGAGCCUCGAGCUCGGCUUCAUGUCCCUUUUAUCUCAUAAAGACAUUGACAAAUUGUUGCUUACAGAUCUUCUCUGGCAAUGCACAAGAAAUACUUCGCCCUGUGUGUCUCUCUUCUGUCUCUUCUGUCUUUAGCAGCGAUGACAUGUCUCCAAAACAUUUGCGCACACUGUUAUCUGAGUAAAAAGGACACAAGUCAAAACUGUUGAGAGAAUCAUCAAAGCAAACAGAUAAUCUUGCUAAACCUUAACUGAAAAUUAACCUGUAUAUGAUAAUGUUGAUCUAAGGAGAAUAACACACGGGUUAAUUUUCAUAUAAAUAUAUGAAAUAGCAGGAAUAUCUGAGUGAAUGCUUCUUUCUAUAGCAGCUAAAAUCAUUUUACUGUUGUACUAUAUAUAUAAAGGUCAGUAAUAAAAACAGAAUAAAAUCAAAAUAUUUUUUCACAAGUAACAGAGCACAAUGUGGGGAACAUUAUAGCAUUGACACAAACAGUAUUAAUGUAAUAUCUAUCUAUAUAUAUAUAUUGGGGAUGGCUCAAUACCACUUUUUCAUGUCCGAUACCACAAACCAAGCCAUUACUGAUGUCUUUAUUCCUUCCUAAGCUGUUCAUAAUAAAUCUGUUUAGCUUCUUUGUAUAUGACGUCAAACAUCAGCACGCUUCCCAGACAGAGGGCAGCUUCUGUGGCAACAACCACCAACACUGCAUUUUGAUUUGCACUGUUUAUGGCUGUUCCAAUUGAUCAAAUCUAAAAAACAAAACAAAAAACUUCUAAUUUUGAGUCCCAAAGAUAGUAGUACAAGUUAAUUAAAAAAAUCUAACAUCGAAACAAUGUGUGGAUCAAAAACCUCCGUUUUAAGUCUUAAGUCAACUAACAUCAAAUGUAAAUGUUAACAUUAAAGCGUUGCAUUGAGUCUGUAUUGCCAUAAUAAUGAACGUUAACUCAACGCUCAAUACUACUUUGGUUCAGACGUCAUUAACCCAAAUGCACAUAAAAGUUAUAGUCCUUAAGACUUUUAUACACUUUCUUCUGGCCAGCAGUGUAGUUGGAGGUCCUGAGGUAAAAUUGUCUGGGAAAAAAAUCCCUUUUCUUCAAUUUGUAGGACUCACAUCCAAUAAGAGUUUCAAUUUCUUGACCUGAGUGCAGGUUCAUCCAACCCUUCCCUGUAGUCUCUUUAAUCUAUUUUCAAUUCACACCGUACGUGGAUUCAUCACUGCCUGCCCACAGUUUGCAUUUUGCGUGUCAUAAUAGUCACAUUAAUGCAAAUAAGCUAUUGAUGCAGACAACACAAACAUCUAUCUUCAACUAUGAAAUACAUAUUCUACUCCCCUAAAGGAAGAAAUACAAAGCACACAACCUGACUAUUAUGCAAUACUGCUGCUUCCUUUUACUAAAUUUCUAACUUUUAGCUGCAUUUUUGAUUGGUCAGCACCAUUCAAACAUUCAAAAAUAAAUGUGUGCAAAAGUCUUAGUACAAAGGAAUUAUAAUUCCAGUGUAAAAUACUGGAUAUAAAUCAAAACUCAAUUUAGCCAAUACCUCAUUGAGAAAGCACAAAAAAAGUCCAAAAUAAAAGUUGAUAGUUUAAGCUAAUGGAUUGUCAAAUUAUACUUUUUAGCCCAUCCAGUGGAUUGGAUUGGUGCAUCUCAUAUAUAUAUACAUGUAUACAUGGACAGUAUGAUUUACUGACUGUUGGUGCUCCAUGUGUAAUAAUCAAGCCAGAUGCACCGCCACAUUGUACCCUAGCUGUUAUUUCCCUUUGAUAUUCCAUACGUGGAAAUAUAUAACACAGUCAUUGUACUUGAUCGCUGUGUUUUUAGAGACUUUUGUGUAGAUUGUGUAUAGUAUUGUUACAUUGCCUUUGUGCCAAAUGUGUCCUAGUUUUACAGUGAGAAAAUCCUAUAUGUAAAUGGAGCCAUACAGUGUAGUAUGUAAUAGAUAAAAUCACUUUAUUUAUAUCCAGAGGUUCUAAUUGUGAAUAGGUUAUCUGCUGUUCUGUUCCAUUUGUAUUGUAUCCUCCUUCCUGUUUGGAAACUCUGCUGUAUAAUAUCACAAUGUUUUAAAUAACACUGACUUCUUUUAGAGUAUUUGUGAACCAAAGAAGGGUUGAGUUACAUUUAUGAACAUGCCCUUAUUCUCCCUUAUGGAUGGAUUCAGAUGUUUAUAUAAGAAUAAUUAACUAACCGCCCUUAACUUUAGUGCAAUCUAUGUUGUGUAACUGUGCAAUGUCAUUGUGAUUCACUGACUGAAUGUGGCUCUAUGUGGGAGGCAUGACUGGCGGUGCGGCUGCUACUGCCGAUGCUUUGUUCACGAUAAAAAGCACAAUGCUGAACUGUGAUAAUGGGGCAGCUUUUAUUCUACAGACAUGCGACUGUCUGUAUUAUAGCCUAAUGUGUUAAGUGGAGUAAAACUAUAAUAUGCAAAAUGUUUGUCUUAACAUGCUCAGUAUAGGCACAAUGUUAUGUUGAGAAACUGGGAUUAUUUAUCAUGAACAAGUUUGCUUGAACAAUGAAACGCACAGUGUUUGCUACUGUAAUAAUAAUUUAUUGAACAAUUGUACAUUCCUGAAUUAGUGGGAUGAAAUAUCCCUUCUUAAAUUCUAUGUAGGCACUUUAACUUCAUGCCAUCAUUUGCAGAGUAUUAUUGUCGUAUCCACAGCACUAAUAAAGACAUGAGCUGUUGAACAUC